AUGACGGGUGACUCGCCUGCAGGUCUCUAUCCGCAAUACUGCCUUCAUCUCUCCCCUACCUUUAACACCUGGUGUCUACUGCACGCAUCCGAUAUACACGCCCUCAGGUCCGUCCCUGACUUUGCAGUCCAGGACUUUUACUUCUACAAUAACCUUCCGAUAAAAUGGGUCCGCAUCGUGGGCAUCAUCGUUGCGAUUGACGACUUUCCGGGACGCCGCAUUUACACGGUCGACGACAGCAGCGGAGCCUGCAUUGAAUGCACCGUCGCGCUGAAGACGCCCUCCGCCUCUCUGAAGACGUCUACAACAACCGACGCUUCGAAUGCACUCUUGAUAAGUAACAGGCCUCAGCCGCAGCCGCCGGCUGACUGCAGUGGUCUCGAGGUGGGUUCUGUGGUCGACAUCAAAGGUGGUGUGGCGACCUUCCGCGAGGAGAAACAGAUCAAGAUUGAAAAGGUCAAGGUGCUCAGGGCAACGGAGCAAGAAGUGGCGCUGUGGGAACGGCGCACGCAGUUCCGCAACGAGGUCCUCUUGGAGCCGUGGGUGCUCAGCGAGAAACAGAUUCGGAGAUGUAAAAAGGAGGAGAUGCGGGAGAAGGGCGAUGGAGACGAGAGAAAGCGGAAGAAGGAAAAGAGGCAUGAAGAGAAGAAGCGAGCGAAGGACGAUGAGAAGCGACGCAAUGUCAGAGAUGCUGCCACUGCAAACGAUGCUGACCUCUAUCGGAUCCAUAAAUUCAGAAAGAGUAAGAGACUUGAAGAGAGGAGAGUCGGAUCAUCCGGCGGCUUAUUGCGACAUGUCCUGGAUGAAAGUCUCAGAGGGAAGUAUAGUGCUCUCGGUUUAUGA